CCCCGAUACGAAUAUAAUAUCGUAGCCAGACUGCAUCAAUGAACGACAACGGCUCUGCCGAGCGAUAAUACAAGCUCUGCCGGAACAUACAGGAUACCACGAGGAUGCAGGAGACGGAUGUUCUGAUUGUCGGUGGUGGGCCGACUGGAGUGACUUUGGGACUGGAGCUCGCCGUCCAGGGGAUAUCGUUCCGCAUCAUCGACAAAGAGCUUCGGCGGUCAGACAAAUCCAGAGCAUUGGCUAUCCAGCCUCGUACCCUCGAACUUUUGAGCCGUCACGGAAAUGUCGGCGAGUUCGUCGCUCAGGGCAACCUAAGCGGCGGUGCUACGUUCUACCUCUACGGCAAGAAGAUGGCAGACAUCGACAUAUCUGGCAUGGCGGGGAACGCCGAAUUUCCACUCAUCCUCAUCACUUCUCAGUGCGAAACCGAGGCAUUUCUAGACGGCUGUCUCGCGAAGCACGGAUGUGCUGUGGAGCGUGGGGUCGAGGCGAGGUCCUUCGUCCAGGAUGACAAAGGCGUGACAGUCGAAGUAAGCAAUCCGGGCGGUUCUCGAGAUGUCAUUCGCGCCAAGUACGUCGUCGGGGCCGACGGGGCGCACAGCAGCGUGCGGCGUUCCUCAAAAGGGUUUACAUUCCAGGGUGCCGCGUAUCCUCAGGACUUCAUCCUGUGCGACGCGCACAUCCGGAACCCGAAGGCGUCCUGGAACCGGUUCUCCCUCUGCAUGGGGCGAGGGUCUCUCGCCUUUUUCCCGCUCCAAGACGGCACCUGCAGAGUCGUGGUAUCGCGCCUCUAUCCCAAAGAGGACGGCAACCUGACGCUGCAGGAAUUCCAAGGGAUGCUGGACCAACUCCUCCCGGGUGCUGGGGAACUGUAUGACCCCACUUGGAUCACCGAAUUCCACCUGCAUCACCGAGGAGUGAAUAGCUACCGAGACGGCCGCUUAUUCGUCGCAGGCGACGCCGCCCAUAUCCACUCCCCAGCCGGGGCGCAGGGGAUGAACACGGGCAUACAGGACUCCAUAAACCUGGGCUGGAAGUUGGCCAAGGUAAUACGCGGCGAGCGGCCCAGCUCGUUUCUCGACAGCUACGACUCUGAACGUCGACCAAUCGGACAGUAUCUGCUCGAGACGUCUGACAAGAUGUUCACUUGGGGGUGUUCUCUGAACCCCCUCUUCGUCCUGUUUCGCAACAUUUUGUUCACCUGGGCAUUGCCCUGGUUUGUGAGCAGUCCAAGCCGCCGUGCUAAGAUCUUCAAGUUCAUAUCUCAGUUUGGCGUUAGCUAUAGGAAAAGCUUCAUCGUCGGUACGGCCACCAACUUUUCGGGGCCGGUUAGGGGAGGCGACCGGGCUCCAGAUAGCAAAAUCGAGAUCGCCGGAGAGGAGAGGUACUUCCACGACCUCCUCACCGCCGAAACACACCACCUGGUCCUUUUCUCGGGAGUCGAAGCGGCUGCUGCCGCGAAAGAGGUCUUCUCAAAAGCCGAAUUUCUAUUCAAGCGGCACAACCCGGACAGAGCGAAGUUGCACAUGAUUCUCGGCGACGGCGCGGACAGACACGGAGCUUCCGGAUACACUGACGUGAGAAAUCGGCUGCAUAGCGAGUUUGGCCUUCCGAGACCUUCGUACGUGUACAUCCGGCCGGACGGCUACGUGGAACACAUCGGGCCGCUUCCGGGACUAGGGACGUUCUUGGAAUCGUUAGGGUGCCGGGAGUCGGGCUUAAUCUCCUGAGUAGGUAGAUAUUUGGCGUAAUUUGUACUUCUAGGUGUCGGCGCCACCGAAAUCUCGUGUGUAGCUCCAAAUUUUAUCACGUUUACACAAUAUCCCAAUCCAAUCGGAGGUGUGGUCAUGAUGGUACGCGGCACUGG